CAUCUAUUCGCCUGAAGAAGUGAAAAAAAAAGAAGCUGAAGUGGUUCUUCUCCUUCUUUCUUCAUGCGUGUUAUUACAAUUGGUAUCAGUGGCCCUUCAUGUUCUGGGAAAACGACAAUCACCCGCAUAUUACAACAACUAGUAAAGAAAACUAUUGUAAUCUAUCAAGAUGAUUUUUUCAAGCCAGAUACUGAUAUUCCUGUAGAUCCAGAAACACAACUUAGCAACUGGGAUUGUCCUGAAGCACUGGAUUUUGAACGCCUGAUCCAGACAAUUCAAUAUGUACAACAGCAUCAUGUUUUACCCACAGAUUAUCACUCCAAUGAAGUCAACAAUACACACGAUGGAUCGGAUCUAGUGACGCCGCAACAAAUAUCAGAAUGGAAGAAAAAAAUUCAUCAGAACAACAAUGCAGGAAAUGUGGAUGACGAUACUCUUUGGUUAAUUGUUGAUGGAUUCAUGUUAAUCAGUGAUCCUCAAUUAUAUGGACUCUUUGAUUAUCGAGUAUUUGUUACGGCAUCAUAUACAACUUUGAAAAAACGACGAGAAGAUCGACAAGGAUAUCAUACUUUGGAAGGUUAUUGGGUGGAUCCUCCCGGUUAUUUUGAUGCUAUUGUUUGGCCAGAGUUUUUACGCGCUCAUCAACAUGUCCCUGGUCCUCAUCAUCAACAACAACAAGAAAAACAGAAUCUCGAUGAUGAUCAUGAUGUGAUUUUGAUUGAUACAGAUAUAUUGUCGAUUCCGGAAGCAGCAGAAACAGUCAUUUCAGCAUUAUGGUCAUGAACUCCCCUAUUCCCUAUUACACUUGCUGUACUUUUAUUCACAUAUGUAUUUUUUUUUUUAUCUUUUUUUUUGAAAUAAAGGCAAAAAGUCAAGAACAAGCAUGUGAUUGAUCUUUAUUAUAUGUAUUAAAAGUCGGUAUCUGUCUAUCUAUCUAUCUAUCUAUCAUUAAAAAACUUGUCUUCUAUUUCCAAAGAAGGUUGUGUAUACAAUUGUGGAGUUGUUGGUAAAUCUUGGUUAUCUUGAAGAAUGCCUUGU